AUGAGGCAACUGGACAAGGCAAAUGCAGUCGAUGAGGAGCUACACGACCUCAAGCUGCGGUUUGAGCUGCUAGGUUCGAGACACUGCUGCACUUUCGUCUCCGUGGCUGCCGCCGUCUCGUCGGCUACCAAAAAGGCGUACUAUGAAACCAGCCAGUGGGCCAUUCGGCAGAACAAGGAGGAGAUCAGCACCAUGCGGAUGCAGAACCGCGAGCUCUGUGAUGCCAUAGCGAAGCUGAAGAAGAAUGAAAUCGAAAACAACUGCAAUCGACUAACAAUGACGGAACUAGAAAAGUUUGACCACCGAAUAUGCGAAAUCCAUAAAAAAUACGACGAGCUGCAGGCCGAGGCCAGGAUGAAGGAGGAGCGUCUGCGGGAAAUGCGGGACCAGAUGGCCGACCUGCGUCGAGAGGCUGAGAUCGUCAAGUCCAAUCUGAGAGACUCGCCGCAGGCAAAGGUGCGGUUGAUUGAUGAACUUGGUCGUUGGUCAUCGACGAUGCAGUCGCUAUGGAGCGGCGACAAGUGGAUAACGAUGAUUGAUGUCCCGCAGGAGAUUCGCAUGCUCGAGAACCGCUUGGACAAAGCCAUGAUCAAAUACAACGAAGCACAGUCGAUCCGCAAGACAUACGAGCAGAUCGUCAAGCGACUGCAGGACGAGCGCCUCACCUUUGAUAAUCAGCUCGCCAACUUUGAAAAGCUGCUCAAGGCCAAGAAGCAGGACGCCUUUGAGCUCGAGAUGAUGUCGCGCGAUGCCAAUCAUGCAAAGGAGGCCGAGCUUGCUCGAUUCGAACAGCAGAUCGGCGAGGAGAGGAAGCAGCGCGAGAAGGAGCUCCAGUCUCGGCGUGAGCUGGUGAAGCAAAAGCUGGAAGUGAACGACAAACUGGAUCGCAAGGCGUUCCUCAUAGACGAGCCAACCGAUCUCGGCAACAACGCAGACUCGUCCAAGGACCAGUACGACGAGGUCAAAGAACGCAAGCUCACAGAGUACGAGGAGACGAUGCGGCUGAUCAAAGAGGCGACCGGCGUCUCGGACAUCAACGAGGUGAUUGCAAAGUUCCAAUCCCAAGGCGACACCAACAAGCACCUGACCCAGCUGAGGAUGAGCAAAGAAGGCCGCAUCGAGGAGCUCAGAGUCAAGAAGCAGCAGGUGCUCGGAGAGUUUGAGGAACUAAAGUACUCUGGCGAGGCCAAGCAUGCCCACGCCAAGCACCUCAUCAAGGAGUUUGAGGACCACCUGCGAGAAGCGCAAGAGCGGUGCGCAGAUGCAAAGUCAAAGUACGAGCGCGUGGCAAAGCUGCUCAACAACACAAAGUCCGGCAUCCAGCAUCUCUUUGACAAGCUGGAUGUCAUUGCAAAGGUCGAAAAGUCAGAGAAGAUCCCAAUGUCAGACGAAACCGUGGGCACGAUUCUGGAGGCGUGCAUUCAAAAACUGGAGACACUCGCCACAGGCAUGCAGGACAAGGAGCUACCCGAGCCUGCAACUACGCCGCCGGCACAACAACAGCCCGGAGAGGUUAUCAGCAUCCUGCAGGUCAACCAGUCGACCUUGCCAGUGUACAACACCCGAGUCAAGAUGCGUCCGGUGGAGUUCGAAGAGGAGGUUGCCGAAGACGAAGAGAACGACGACGAGUACGGCGAGGUUCCAGACCGCGAGGCCAUCAAGAAGCACACCACACAGAUGCUGAACGCCAGACUGAAGACCAAGCAGGCCAAGAAAGUCAAGAAGAAGAAGAAUACGCGCGAGACCGAGGAGCCCAAUAUCCUGAAUGAAGAGGACCAGGAUAGUUUCUACACCGGCGGGCUCUUCAAUCUCGAAAUCUCGCCGGCAUGGAAGUGCAUCGAGGGGCUGCGUGGAAAGAAAGACAUUUCCGACACCAAGUACGGAGGCUACUGCCCCCUCGAUCCAUGCUUGGUCGGUAACAAAUAUGCAUUUCCCGUGGACAGAAUCCUGGACCUCCAGGACAAGCUCCGGGAGCUGCACAAAUUCCAGCUGUCCGAGGUGGACUUUGAAAAGCUCCUGCUGAAGAAGGUCAAGCAGCUGACCCAGGAGGUGUCGAACCAGCGCAUGGAGAUGGAUCGCACGCACUCGAAGCAGUUUGCCAACAACUCACAAAUCGGUGACCUAAAGCGCGAGCUUUUGAAGCGGAGAUGCGAGCUGCACGUCAAGCGAAGGAUUUCACUCGGCGGUGCUCAAUGGAGCCUAUGGCGCUCUCCAAGGGAUGAUGUGCUCAUGUUGGCGGCCCGCCUCCUUCCUGUCCAUACCCAGGUGCAAAAUGAAGUCAACCUGGCAGCGGAACGCGAGAAGAAGCUCCGAAAGGACAUUGACGACGCCAGGACACAGAAAGAUGAGCUUGAGGCCGAUAUCGAGGAGAUCCGGCGACACAAGGCCGACAUGCUGGAGCCGCAGUUGAUUGCUUCAACCAAAGAACUCAAGCUGGAUGUUGUGCAACGGCGGCAUCAAGUUGAGAAUCUGCAGAAGGAUAUGGAGGAGAAGGAUAUGACCCUCGAGGCUGUCAUCAAGGAGAAGGAGCGACUGGAGGCCGAGACAGAGAAGCACUUUGUUGCGCUGGCCAAGGCGACAGAGAUGCCGCAAAAGAUCCUAAUCAACGACGUGGACUCACAGCCAACCUCACUCAGGAAACAGUCCGAGAUCCUCCGUGACGCUAUCGGGUCGCUGGUGAUCGAGAACGUCAAGCAGACAACACUUGCACAGCAGCUGGAGAAGGAGCUCGAACGACUUCAGAAGAAGAAGAAGGAACUGGAGGAACACAAGCUCGAGCAAGUCGCAGACUACGAACAGCGCCGAAACGAAAUAGAGGAGAUGGAGCGGCAGUGCAACGACAUAUUCAAGGGGCACGAGAUGGCCAAGGAUCAGCUAUCGUCCCAACGGGCCGAGAAGGUGCGCCUCGAAAUGGCCUUGAAGAAGGUCACCCAGGAUUCCAAGCGAGAGCACGACAUGCUUUUGCGAUCAAUCCGUGAGAAGGAGACCUACGUGAAGCAGUGCCGUCGACUCAUCACCACCAUCAACAACAUCAAAAUGGCGACUCCGACGAUCCAGAAGCAGCACGAGGAUUUUGUCCGGGAUCUGGCUUCGCACGAGCGACAGUCCGAGGAGCAGAAGGUGGAGAUCACGAAGCUCAAGAAGGAGGUCGAUCUGGCCAUCUAUGACUUUCUGAAGCAAGAGCAGCUCGAAAAGGCCGAGGCAGACAAGCUGACGACGCAAAUCCUGGACAACCGAAAGCUGGACGAGAAGCUCGACGAGGCCAUCAAGACAAGCACGGACUUGCAGCGGCAGCUCGAGACGCUGUCGAUAGAGCGAGAUCUCAAGGCGCGAGACCUCAUUCGAGUGCAAAACAAGCACAGGACCAUCAAAGAGGAUCUGAACUUGAAAGAAAUCGCCAUUCUGGAUGCCUCGAAGCGCUGCCAAGAGUCGUUGACGAGGCUGAAGGACUUUGCCGCCCUCUACGAAGUUGUGAAGAACGAGCGGAACAAAUACCUGAAUCUGACCCAGGCAACGAUGCAGCGCGCUGCCGAGAUGAAAGAAAAGAUCAAGAUCCUGUCCAACGAAAUCGAGAUUCUUCGACACGAGAUUGUCCGGAAGGAUCGCGAGCUGACUAAAAAAAUGCAAGAGAACACGGCGGCAUAUUCACUGAGAGACACGGCGAAGAACGAGGCCAACAAGAGCCUGGCGCUGUACCGCGAGCGAAGAGACCAGAUUAACCAGCACCUUUCCAAGAUCGAGACUCUCAACUCGCUCAUCAACUCGGCCGAAGAGGACAUGUUCCAGCUCAAGCUGCGGUACGAGGCUGCCGUCAAGGAGCGCAACGCCGUCGGCAUUCAUCUCCUGGACCUCAAUGAUGAGCUGUGUAUUCUGUACGAGCGACUCAACAUGCAGGAAUCGAUCCAGAUCAAGGGCGAGCAGUCCCUGACGGAGCUGGAGGACGAAAUCCGCAAGCUCGACAUCAUAAAGCAAGAGGUUUACCGCAAGGUCGAGCUACUCAAGCGACGAGUCCCGCUCGUGGACGAGUUCGACAAGGAGGUGGAGAGGCUCCAGACGGAGCUUAACAGCGUCCGGGAAACCGUUGCCAAGCUCAGCGCUCAGAUCGAGAGCCCCGACGAUCCCAACCGAUGCCGGGAUCUAGGCGGAGCGGAUCCGAGCCAGAAGGAGCUUCUGUCACGAAUCAAGCACCUGGAGGAGCGGCUUGCUGAAAAGGAGGAACGUAUCCUCGAGAAGGACCUGAUCCUCGAGGAGGUCUCGACUUUGACGAAUCGACUACAGCAACAGACGCAGGACGGACGCAGCGACUCCAACCAAAUGUCACUGAAGCUCAACGAGUUGACCAAGAAGAUCAAGAACGUCACCAAAUCGAUGAUGGCGCGUGUGUCCGAGCUGUCCAUGUACCAGGGCAUGGCGAUGAAUCUGUAUCAGGAGAAGAAUGAGAAGGCUCGAUUCGAGCGCGGACAAGUACCCUCGGAGGAGAUCGAGAAGGAGUUCAUCCGCAUCGAACGAGACCGGCUGCGCCGCGAGAAGGAGCUGCAGGCCAAGAUCCAAAGACCGUACAAAGAGGGUGGAUUCGUGGCGAUGUAA